CUCUCAUAGCACACCGCCAAGGGGGGCAAAAAGAAGAGGACUGGUCAAAGAUAAGCAGGAUACUCCACACGGAAGAUCUUUACUGCUAUGCUGAAGUCCUGACGGAAUGGGUGAGCAUCAAACCUACGUGAAGCUGAGUGCUGACAAACUGAUACCUAAGUCGGACAUCCUGUCGCUGCUUCGGACCUACAACUGCUACCAUGAAGGGAAGAACUUCCAGCUGAGGACUCGUGAGGAGGAGGGGGAGCUCAUCCUGGAGGGUUUACUGAACAUCCACUGGGGUCUGCAUCGGCCAAUCAGACUUCAAAUGUACGAUGACAACGAAAGGCUGCGUGCCAAACGGAACAGCAAGUGUAUAAUUGCAAAGCAGCACUCAUCAGAGGCAAACAAUAAUUCACUGGGCAGAGAAAGUGUACCUGCUGGUGGGGAUUUGGAGGGACACGAGGAAGAGGAGUCUCCUCAGCUGCUGAGGACCAGAAGUGAUGCGUCUUUCAUGCAAGUCCAAAGGAGGUCAAGGACAAACACCGCUAGAGACCUGCAACGUUUACGCACACACAGGUUUUCCAUCAACGGGCACUUCUACAACCACAAGACAUCUGUGUUCACUCCGGCCUUUGGCUCUGUCACCAACGUGCGAGUAAACAGCGCCAUGACGACGGUACAAGUACUGAACAUGCUGCUACAAAAGUUUAGGGUGGAAAAUAAAUCAGAGGAGUUUGUUCUAUAUAUGGUUCACGAGUCUGGCGAGAGGAACCACUUGAGAGAUGGGGAAUACCCGCUGGUGACUCGUGUGCUUCACGGGCCUUGUGAGAAGAUCUCUAAGCUCUUCAUCAUGGAGGCCGACCUAGGAGAGGAGGUCACCUACGAUGUUGCCCAGUACAUCAAAUUUGAGAUUCCAGUUUUGGACAGCUUUGUGGAGAAGCUAAAAGAGGAAGAAGAACGUGAGAUAAACAAACUGACUAAAAAGUACAUCACACUGAGGUCCAUGAUUCUACAUCAACUAGAGGACAGAACCUGUGAUCCAGUUUGAGUGCGUCCUCUGUUAUUAUAGUCGCAUUUUGUAUGACACUUAAUGAUUUUCUGUAAAUUUAUGCUGUUUGUCAUGUUUUCUCUGACUUUUUAAUGCAAUACAUUAAAGUUGCCUUAAAGUUGCUGCAUUUCUGCUCAAAAUAAAUGUAAUUUGAAAAAAAUGUUAAAGAAAAUGUCUUGUUCUGCCACAGUAACCAGGGAGCAUGUUAGCAUUGUUCUUCUGAGUGACCUUUUCUGCCGACCGGUUCCCAUGAGCUGUGGGUGUGGGUGUGUGUGAGAGCUCAUCAGCGUUACACAAUGGGGUAUCCUGAGAAAGGAGGGCUGUUCCUUUUUUCCCACACUUUCACAAACAGCAAAGACUUGUUGACUGUUGUCAUUUUUGCAGGACCAACCUUGACCUUCAGUCAGGCGACCAUUAUUAUUAUUAUUAGUUGAUUAAUGCAAGUACUUGCUUGACUGUGUGAGAUCUUGACCUGCAUCCUUUUCCCCUUGGAUGUGACUGCUGCAAGGGGGAAAAAAAAGUACAAAUUCAGCACACCAUGCAAAAACAGAGCAGGGAUAGAAAGAAAAUGCAAUAGAAUAUACUGUAUCGUAUUGAAUUGACAUGCUAGGUCUGGAAUCAAAAGACUCGCAGGUUUAAUGUGGGUGUAAGUACAUAGAAAUAAAAAGUUUCCAAGUCAAGCUUAAGCGUUGUUCACCAAAUUUAGCUCCUCUUUUUCACUUUAAUAAACAAUCUAUCCACUCACGUAUAACAACGUACCAUUCCACUAUACUGUAUGCCCCCAUAUGCUUUCUGAAAUCAUCAGCUCCAAACUGAAUUUAUACUCUAGUAUUUUACAAGGACUUUAAUAGUUUGUGUUGUGUUACAUAACACUGAGGCAAAACCCUUACUCUAAACACACACAAUCACAUGGUUUCUUUCAUAUCCAAACAUUGAGAUGACGUGUGGGCUCUAAAGUGUUGAAUUUGGAAGAAAGUAAUCUCUAUGCCGCCAUCUCCUGGCCAAAAGCCACCACGCUCACGCUGUUCAAAUGAAAAUACACUGAAGCUUUCUUCUAACUCGGAUUUUGAAGGGCUUAGAUUUAUUUCAGAUGGCCAAUUAUUAUGAUUAGUUUCAUUUUUAAAUCAAAUAAAAUUAACUAGGAAGGAGCCAAAACGCACAUGUUUUUAACUCUUUAAAUACAUGAGACUGAGGAUUACAUCUACAGUAAUUAUUAUUUUUAAGCAUUUCCAGUAAGUUUCUUUCAGAACCAAAAAAAAUACCUUUACGAGUAGUUUAUUUUUUAAAUCAAAUGAACCAAAAAGCACAAU